AUGACGGAUUCUAUAGUUCGUAAAUUCGAUGAAAUACAGGAUAUGUGGUUCGACAGAUUCGACAUGAACGAUAAGGAAAAGAGAAAGAACGAUAACAAUUUACUUACUAAAAGAAUCCUAAAAUCUAAAAUAGGUGAAGCUUCAACAUUUAACACAGUACAUAACUUUUACACCGCUGUUUAUAUUUUCAAUAAUUUAUUUAACGAUGAACGAGAAAGAAAAAGUAUGUUUAACGGAAGAAAUGAAUAUGAUUUUAUCCUUUGUGCUGUUCGGGAUGUUGACAUGAAACUAAAGAAAAUAUUCUUAUUACAAGAUGACACGGUUGAAGAUGAAGUCAAUGAGUUUUUAAAUCGUGAUUUAAAUGAAAUUGAUGAAGUUAUGACCGAAUGUUAUAAAAAGUUCAAGGGUGAAAAAACUGGGGUGAAAAAACAGGUGAGAUCUCACCUCUUCACCUAA